CAGUCCCGCACCCCCGGCCCGCGCCUGGCCUCCAUCGUGGGGCCAGGAGGUGGUUUUAAUGGUGGGAGAAGGAAUGGGGCUGGAGAUUGGGGGCCCAGGGGGCUCCCGGGGGUGAAGAUAACUUGGAUUGCCAGGAAGGGGUAGAGAGUUGUGCAUCCCGGCCCGGGCCUCCGCCGCCCAACAUGGGCCCCGGGUUCCAAAGUUUGCGAAGUUGGGUGCCGAGGGCCCGAGGCGCGCGGGGCGUCCGGGGGGACCCGGCACCGGACUCUUGGGGCGCACAGGUCGCCUGAGCCGCGUCUGUGGUCCCCAGGGUGGCGCGUGUGGCCGGGGGGGUGGGCUCCGGAGAGCGGGCGGGGGCGCCGGAGCUUCUGCUGAGUUGGCGGGUUUGGCCAUGGCCGCUGCCCGCCUCGCACGGGGGCCGGAGCUCCUGCUUCUGGGGCUGCUGCUGCUGCUAGGGGGCCCGGGCCGGGGGGCGGCCUUGAGCGGGAACGCGACCCGGCCGGGGCCCUGGAGCGCGGGCGGGAGCGCGAGGAGGAGCGCGGCCGUGACUGGCCCUCCGCCGCUGCUGAGCCACUGCGGCCGGGCCGCCCCCUGCGAGCCGCUGCGCUACAACGUGUGCCUGGGCUCGGCGCUGCCCUACGGGGCCACCUCCACGCUGCUGGCCGGGGACUCCGACUCCCAGGAGGAGGCGCACGGCAAGCUCGUGCUCUGGUCGGGCCUCCGGAACGCCCCCCGCUGCUGGGCAGUGAUCCAGCCCCUACUGUGUGCUGUGUACAUGCCUAAGUGUGAGAAUGACCGGGUGGAGCUGCCCAGCCGUACCCUCUGCCAGGCCACCCGCGGCCCCUGUGCCAUCGUGGAGAGGGAGCGGGGCUGGCCCGACUUCCUGCGCUGCACCCCCGACCACUUCCCCGAGGGCUGCCCGAAUGAGGUGCAGAACAUCAAGUUCAACAGUUCCGGCCAAUGUGAGGCUCCCUUGGUUCGGACUGACAACCCCAAGAGCUGGUAUGAGGACGUGGAGGGCUGUGGGAUCCAGUGUCAGAACCCGCUCUUCACCGAGGCUGAGCACCAGGACAUGCACAGCUACAUCGCGGCCUUCGGGGCUGUCACGGGCCUCUGCACACUCUUCACCCUGGCCACAUUUGUGGCUGACUGGCGGAACUCCAAUCGCUACCCUGCUGUCAUCCUCUUCUACGUCAAUGCAUGUUUCUUCGUGGGCAGCAUUGGCUGGCUGGCCCAGUUCAUGGACGGGGCCCGCCGGGAGAUCGUCUGCCGUGCUGAUGGCACCAUGAGGCUCGGGGAGCCCACCUCCAAUGAGACCUUGUCCUGCGUCAUCAUCUUUGUCAUCGUGUACUACGCCCUGAUGGCCGGCGUCGUCUGGUUUGUGGUCCUCACCUAUGCCUGGCACACCUCCUUCAAAGCCCUGGGGACCACCUACCAGCCUCUCUCGGGCAAGACCUCCUACUUCCACCUGCUCACGUGGUCACUCCCCUUUGUCCUCACUGUGGCAAUCCUCGCCGUGGCCCAGGUGGAUGGGGACUCUGUGAGCGGCAUCUGUUUUGUGGGCUAUAAGAACUACCGAUACCGCGCUGGCUUCGUGCUGGCCCCCAUCGGCCUGGUGCUCAUUGUGGGAGGUUACUUCCUCAUCCGAGGAGUCAUGACCCUGUUCUCCAUCAAGAGCAACCACCCUGGGCUGCUGAGCGAGAAGGCAGCCAGCAAGAUCAACGAGACCAUGCUGCGUCUGGGCAUUUUUGGCUUCCUGGCCUUUGGCUUUGUGCUCAUCACCUUCAGCUGCCACUUCUAUGACUUCUUCAACCAGGCCGAGUGGGAGCGCAGCUUCCGGGACUACGUGCUGUGCCAGGCCAAUGUGACCAUCGGGCUGCCCACCAAGAAGCCCAUCCCUGACUGUGAGAUCAAGAACCGUCCCAGUCUCCUGGUGGAGAAGAUCAACCUAUUUGCCAUGUUUGGAACUGGCAUUUCCAUGAGCACCUGGGUCUGGACCAAGGCCACGCUGCUCAUCUGGAGGCGCACCUGGUGCAGGUUGACGGGGCAGAGUGAUGAUGAACCCAAACGGAUCAAGAAGAGCAAGAUGAUCGCCAAGGCCUUCUCCAAGCGGCGGGAGCUGCUGCAGAACCCAGGCCAGGAGCUCUCCUUCAGCAUGCACACCGUCUCCCACGACGGGCCUGUGGCGGGCUUGGCCUUUGACCUCAAUGAGCCCUCAGCCGACGUGUCCUCUGCCUGGGCCCAGCAUGUCACCAAGAUGGUGGCCCGGAGAGGCGCCAUACUGCCCCAGGAUGUGUCUGUCACCCCGGUGGCAACGCCAGUGCCCCCGGAGGAAAAAGCCAACCUGUGGCUGGUUGAGGCAGAGAUCUCCCCGGAGCUGGAGAAGCGCCUGGGCCGGAAGAAGAAGCGGAGGAAGAGGAAGAAGGAGGUGUGCCCACUGGUGCCACCCCCGGAGCUUCAUCUCCCCGCCCUGGGCCCUGCCCCCGCCUCCAGUGCGGUCCCUCGGCUGCCACAGCUGCCCCGACAGAAGUGCCUGGUGGCCGCGGGUGCCUGGGGCCCUGGGGAGCCCUGCCGACCUGGAGCCUGGACCCUGGUCUCCAACCCCUUCUGCCCAGAGCCCAGCGCCCCAGCCCCUAUGGCCUGGGCGCAGGGCCGCCGGCAGGGUCUGGGGCCCAUUCACUCCCGCACCAACCUGAUGGAGGCAGAACUCAUGGAUGCAGACUCAGAUUUCUGAGCCUGGAAAGUAGGACCUGCGACAAGGAGGAACAAAUACCAUUCCGAGGCUCUUCUUCCUCCCCGAGAGUGCUUCUCUCCAGGCUCUCGUCUUCCCGAGCACCUGAAGGCCCAGUGCCUUCCUGGGAGAGUUCAGUGUGGACGACUCACAGCACCAGGACUGCGGGAAGGAACCCUGACAUCUCCACGGAUAGGCCUCACUGGGGCAGGGCCCUGGAGCUUAGGGUCCUUGAUUCUGCCCCAUCUGGCUGGCAGCAUCAAUCUCCAGUGGGGUCAUGUGUAUGCAGAGCCCCUAGUGUGGUGGUAAAGGUGCAGGCACAGCUGCAUGGGCUCGCAUGCAUACUUGCAUGGGCUGUGGUGGCCAGCCCCUGUCUGGCAGACGAGGGCUGGCUGCCCUUGUGUGUGCCAAUGGGUGCCCUUCCCUGGCACUCUCAGACCAAAAGUGUUCAUUGGGUCAUUAUCCCUUUGUCCACCUGAGGACAGAGCUCCUUUCUCCCCUUUCCAGUUGGUUGUGGGGCUGGGAGUUCUUACUCCCAUAGGGGCUGUAACCUCUCUUAAAAGUGUCCAGCUGGCUCCACCAUAGGCCAGUAACCCACCCUGGGUGUUGUGGUACCAUCCUUUCCCCUUUCCCAUUUCGGUUCAACCAGGCCAGCCUCUUCCUGUUUCCUGUUUGUUAAUUAGAACCCAGAGUUGCAGCAUUUUCCACCCUGCCCCCAUGCCCUAUCCCUCUGCCGUUGGGCUCCAUCUCCAGGUGAGAGGUUGGUUCAGCCAUAGAGCCUGGCGUGGUGGAGAAGCUGUGAGUGAUGGGAAGCCUCUGGGCCUCAGAGAGAUGCAUGCUUAUCUCUCGGGGGAUGGAUCCCCUGACUGAGGAGCUACCCUUGGGAAGCUGCUGACACUUCAGCCAGGCAGGAACACUUCCUUCAACUUCCACAGUCGGUGGGUGAAGAGGUUCCCACCUCUCAUAACCCCUAUCCAAGGCCCCAGUGUCAAGAACCAGAUUGCAGGGAGCUUCAGCAGUUGUCUGGGUUCCAGAUCAGGGGGUAGGGAUAAGGAGACAAAAUAUAAACAGUAAAUAAAAGGUUUUUGUAUAAUCUA